CAACUGCUUGACCUCAAAUUCUCGCUCUCGCCAACAACCUCCAGGGCCGUCUCGCAACUGACUUAUCAUCUCGAAUUCGUGCAGCGCCAAUCGGUUUCUUAGCACGCCUCAUCGGACAUUCUCGCGCUCUCUAGCUCUUGAUCAGUUUAGACUCGUAUUCCAGUGUUUCGGUGCUCAGCUCACGAGGCCGCCCGUGCAGAGUUUUUGGGGGAGCCCAAAAGUGUCGAGGCGAGUUUCGGAUCAAUCCAUCGGAGCGCCAUGGCAGCCACGAGGGGAACCAGCCUGUUGAGACUUCUUCACAGGAGCGCAGUGGCACAGGUGGCGGGGCAGCAUUUCGCAGGGCCCGCGACCGCAGCCCGGGCAACUGCUCCGGCGUUGGGGACCGCCCCUGCCCAGAGCAUUCUGCGACGGCUCUUCGCCGAUGGGACGCAGACCUUCGAUAGAGCCAAGGUGGAGGCAGGGGAUGCGGCCCAGAAGAGCAAGGAGUACGCCCAGGAGAAGACCGACCAGGCCAGCGACAAGGCCGGAGAGCUGAAGGAGAAUGCCAAGGAUGCGGCCAGCAGCGCGGCUGACAAGGCGAAGGACGUGGCCGGCAGCAUGUCGGACAAGGCCGGAGAGCUGAAAGAGAAUGCCAAGGAGACGGCCAGCAACGUGGCGGACAAGGCGAAGGAAGUGUCCAGCGACGUGACCGGCCAAACGAAGGAGUCCGCGGGAAGAGCGACCGAGAAUGCCAAGGACACCGCGCGAUCGGCUUCGGGAACUGCACAGAACAAGGCAUACGAAGCCAAAGAGGAGGGCGCGGGCGUGGUGGACAAGGUGAAGGACGCGGUGAACAGGGAGAUGGACACCGCGAAGGACAUGACGAAGGACAUCCCAGAGAAGACGAAGGAAACGGCGCAAGGAUUGAAGGAGGUGGGGAUAGAGGCUGCGAAGGCCGUCAAGAGGGACGCGUCGAGGAUCGCCGAGAAAAUUGGUUUGAAGACUCCCUCACAGUGAGCUCUCGCGGGAGCGGAGCGCGUUUGGGAGGGUGGGUUCGGGCUCGGCGACUGAUCGGUACGACCGUCGAAGUGUCGAAGCACCUCGACGGUUUCGUAGCGACGCCGACGUGGAUUAGCGUAGCCGCCCCCAAGCGCCCGGUUCGGAGCUGCGGUGCGACGCGAGACGGAUUUAGUUGUCAAUGACCAAUGGGGCAGGGGCUGGGGCAAACUGCGCCCAAGCAGCGGAGCGCUGCGUCAGGAGGCAUCGCGAGCCAUGAGGCGACUCUCGGCUGGAUGUUGAGGAGGUUACUAGUAGGCAUUUGUUGAUUCAAAUAAGCUGACUGAUGUACAGAAGGUGGUGACGGGAAGGGAUGGCUAGGACUGGGUAACGAUGAGGGCACGCCGAGAGUGUAAAAUUUGGUUAAUAAAAGUUUUGGUCCAAAUCCCGGAUUCUGUGAGAAAAGAACGAGCAUGGGCGUCCGUUUGCAGUCCUAGUGUCUGGGUCUGUAUUGUCUCGGGGGGAAGUUGCCAUCCUCUGAGUCUUGUGAUGCGUCGUGUUGUGGCAGCAGGGCGACAGGUCAUUCAGGCCGCUGUCCCAGCUCCCUCGACUGGGUCUUUCGUGGAACCUGUGUCAUGGAGCGUGUCCAUGGGUUUGCUUUCAUCACCUCGUUGUCGUGUCACAAACGCAGUGUGGGAUUAGGUUUUGAGGCGAUGGGGGGAAGCCGGGAACAUGGUGGUAUUGUAGAACCGGUGGUCCACGGUGCACGCAAUGAACAUCGCAUGGACAGGCAAUGGAAUCGUGUCGUGCAGCUUUGUUCGCUGAAAGCAACGAAUGCAGUCGGAGCAAGGAGCACCUGUGCAUUCAUGAUUUGCAUUGUCAGUCGCGGAGAUUUGAGCGGCCGAGGGUAGUGAGUGAGCGAGUAGCAGGCGUUGUUCAGAACGGGGAACUCUGAUGUUUUGGACCGCUCUACUUCCCGGUG